UUGGUGCAGCGUGCAAGCACCUUUAAACAGGGUCGGAUUUAUUGUGGCAACAGGCCAUGGCAACGCCACGACAAGUCCUUGGCAACAUGGAUCGCGCUGCAUUUAGUAUGUGAAGGAAUGCCUAGUCUUGAGAAUUUCCUGUUUGCGUCAGGUUCCGAGAAUGUCUCAUUCGUAACAUAUUUAAAGUACUACCGAGUAAGAUGCACUUUUAAAUAUGGGAUGUGGGAGUUCAAAAAUAACCUUGGUUCAGCCGGUGUUGUCCAGCCCUGACCCUAAUGAGGAGGACACAGGCAAACAGUGUGUAGAUGUGGAUCGGGGUGACUCCGCAGUGUCAAAGUUCACCACUGACAGUGGGGUGGGCCUGGACUCUGGAGAGGCCCCCACACUACCAGGAGCCGUACACAGGAAACUACCGCCACUUGCAGGCUUCAGCCCAGGGCUGCCCCAGGAGACCCAGAGGCCCAGGUCCAGUGACAUCAUGGAGCAGCUGCUCAGCCAGGGCAUCAUCCCAGCCCACCCCAGAGACAGGGCCUGCAAGACCGGAGAGGCCUACAACAUCAUGUUGGACAAGCCAGAAAUGCCCAGGACAAGCCCCCCAUCUCGACUGGAGUCGCUGAAGAUGAGAAAAGACCAGAUGGGGACCUCCAGGGAGGAGAUGGAGGAGAAGAUGAGACAGGUAGAGGAGAGACGCAAGCUCAAGGAGGAGGAGCUAAGGCUUCGUCUGAGGUCCAAGUCUGCCCGCGCUCGUGGCCUGGCGUCUGCAGAGGUGGGGGGAGAGACUGGGCUCACCCCUGUGGAGACCCUGCAGAACCGCCUCCCUGACACGCUCCCUUGGUCUGGAGACCCUGAAGACCUCCAGGGCCCACUGCUGCAAGCCCACACUGAGAGCAUGGAGGCUGGAGAGGGCAGUAGGGAGGCUGGAGAGAGCGGUAGGGAGGCUGGAGAGGGCAGUAGGGAGGCUGGAGAGGGCAGUCGGGAGGCUGGAGAGGGCAGUAGGGAGGCUGGAGGAGGUGAAGGACAAGGAGACAAGGUUUCAGAAGGUGCCAGGUUUGGAGACCUUCUCACAGCCUCUCUGCAGAUGGAGAGCGACUUCACGUUCCAGCAGACUGGACAGGCUGAACAAGACCUAUUCUAACCGCAGAUGGCUGUUAAUGUGAAGCACCUGCAUAGAGAAUGACUGAGGGGAUAGGGGAAGAGCCUGGAUGGACAGGAUUGUUCGUUUUGGAGCUAGGAGUUUGUCCAGAUCGGGGGUGGGCAUGGGGGUGGUAUCAUUGCCAUUACCACAAUGUAGAAACCUUACCCUCCUAGCAAGGCUUCCCUAGAGUAGAAAGGGUGCUUCAGUUAUAAGUUUGUAUACAGGAGAGAGGAGAAUAAUGGCCUCUACUUGUGUUCUUAAAUACAUAAAUGCAGAUUAAGAGUAAGAGUGUAUGUCCAUAAAAUUAUUUCCUUGGGAUUGAAUGGGAUUGGGAUCUGGUAGAAAUAUGAAUAUACAUUUUACAUUUUAAAAAUAAGAUUGUAUCAUAGUCGGUGAAUAGUUCCAAGACAAUGUUCUUGCCAAAAUACCAAAUCAAAAUAAA